GUCCGUCUAUCUGUCAGGGGGUGGACACUUAGAACAAUUUGUGUAAUGAUGUUUAGGUCGGAGUUUUCUAAGAAUGAUUAUGUAUCUUAAUUACGUCAAAUAGAGUUAAGUUUGGGUUGACAAAACUUUAGGUUACAUAUAGUACCAAUAUAAUAGACCUAAAAAUCUAGAAAGUAUGUUGACUAUCAUUUUAGCUGACAAUUGGCUUCCACUAUUGACGCUAGAUUUGUUAUUGUUGUACUAAUGUUAUUGUUGGGUAAUUCUGUAUAAUUGCGAUUUUGUUCAAUAACUUGAGUUUUCUGCCGCAUAAGCUGAGUUGAGUCUUCUCCUCCGUUUCGUGUAAGUAUAUUUUUCUUUAACAAUUUUCUGCCGUGUGUGUUUACGAAAUAGUGACUUAUUAUUCCGAGAUAAUUACUCCAAUUGUGUUUACAUUUGUGUAUUUUAUUUGUUUUGUGUGAUACAAUGGAGAAAAGAACUAAUCAAGAAAUUAACUUUUGAAAUCUAGGAAUUUUCCUUUCUAGUAAUUGUAAUCAUAGUAAUUGUUGAUUGGACAAAAAAAUAUUAUAUCUCUCAUGUAUCAUACUGUUUAAUUUAUAUAUAACACGUUUUAAAUUUUAUAUAACGAAAAAUUACGAAUAAUUGUACUGUAAUGAAUACUUCAGUGAGACUUAAACACUAUAUAUAACUUAUACGUAAAAAAAUCGCGUAACAACACUAUUGUGUAUUUUGUAAUAAUAAUUUGUUAUUAAAUAACAGAAGUUAUUUAAAAUUGUGGACGUUUUACUUUUAGUACUCAAAAUUAAAUCAUAAUUUAUACUUCUGUCUGUAAGAUUUAUGUUCAGCAAUUUUUAUUUAAAUAUUAUUCAUCGUCUAAGGAAUUUAAUAAUAGGUUGGCAAGCUUGCCUUAUUUGUUAUGCGUAACGUUGGUAGAAAAAAUUACCUAAACUGAGCUCAUGUAUGUGUCCGUGAGUUCAAAAUCAAUAUAGAUACUAAGUGUCGCCUCUCCUUACGUAGUAUAUUACUUAAUCUAUGCCGUAAUUCAAAAACUCAGUCUUCGACUUCGAGGGAGCGGUUUUUAAUUUUUUGCUUAUUAUUGUUGUAUUAUUUGUUAUCAGUAAUUAUUUUUUCUUUACCUAACUGUAACAUAUUAUGUGUAAAUGAUCUUGAAAUCUACUUCAAAAGUAAAGAAAUAUUGACAGUAAAUUGUGUGUACGGUUGAAUAAAUUUAAUUAAAUUUAGCAAUGGCAGAUAUCUUGAAAACAUUUGUGAGGGCAUCAGAAAGAGCUGCAUGUAUUGCCCGAUCGUGCUGUGUUCCCGAAUCUAGUAAAGAGAUACUAUUAGUUGCGGAAAAAUUUGAAGGCGAAGCUAACACUCGUUUUGAGCAUGACUUUAAGACUAUAGCUGAUGUUUUAGCUCAAGAAUCAGCUAAAACUGAAAUAGCACAUCAUUUCCCUGAACUCGCAAAUCACGUUAGAGGUGAAGAAUGUUCUGAAAUUGGUGGAAUUAAUGUAUCGAUUAUGCAAGAUGCAGAAGAAACUGCUAACUUACUUUCAUUGCUUGUUACACCAAGUGCAGCUAAAAGAAUGGCUGAGGCUGCUCACUGUGAGCUCCAGUUAGAUGUAUGUGAUAAAAUAAAUGUUAAUAUAUCAGAAAUAAAUGUUAGUGAUAUAGGUAUAUGGAUUGAUCCUAUAGAUGCAACAGCUGAGUUUAUAGCAGGAGUGCGACAUACAGCUAAUGCUGACCAAGGUCUACCGUGUGUAACAAUCCUUAUUGGAGCCUAUUUAAAAUCUACUGGAGAACCUAUUAUGGGAGUUAUUAACCAGCCAUUUUGGAAUGGUGGUAAAGGUCGUAUAGUUUGGGGCAUCAGUUACAAUGGAAUACAUAAAUGGGGAGAUGCAAUAGAAACAACUGCAGAUAAUAAAAUAGUACUUAUGAGCAGUGCAGAAAAAUCUGAAAUUAUAGGAAAAGUAAAAAGUUCUGGUUUUGUUUCUCAAUCUGUUCCAGGAGCUGGUCAUAAACUUUUAAAAGUUGUAUUAGGAGAAGCAGUAGCAUACCUUGUGACUAAAGGAACAACAUUCAAAUGGGAUACAUGUGCGGCUCACGCUAUUCUCAGGGCUAAAGGAGGAGAUAUAGUUACCAAUGAUACAUUCACUCCUAUCACCUACAAUGAUCCUAUAGAUGCUGAUAAUCAAGUGUAUUGUAAUGCUGGUGGAAUUAUAGCAUAUUCUGACACUAGUGUGUUUGAUAAGUUAAAAGAAAUAUUAUCAUAACUCUGUUAAAAUUGUGGAAUUCUAUUUUAAUAAUAAUAAGUUAUUAUCAUUUCACAUAUUUUGAAACAUUA